CGUUUGAGAGGCAAGAACUUCCUAAAUAGGAAGUGCGAUCAUCGCUUUCUGUACUUUGGUUCCACAAGUUUCAGGGCUAAUAUCUUAAUCUUUUGGAUAUAAAAAGGAACCUGGGAACAAGACAGACCAUUUACUGAGAUAUGACAACUCCUAGACAGACCAUUUACUGAGAUAUGAAAACUCCUAGACAGACCAUUUACUGAGAUAUGAAAACUACUAGACAGACCAUUUACUGAGAUAUGAAAACUACUAGACAGACCAUUUACUGAGAUAUGAAAACUCCUAGACAGACCAUUUACUGAGAUAUGAAAACUCCUAGACAGAUCAUUUACUGAGAUAUGAAAACUACUAGACAGACCAUUUACUGAGAUAUGAAAACUCCUAGACAGACCAUUUACUGAGAUAUGAAAACUCCUAGACAGACCAUUUACUGAGAUAUGAAAACUCCUAGACAGACCAUUUACUGAGAUAUGAAAACUCCUAGACAGACCAUUUACUGAGAUAUGAAAACUCCUAGACAGACAAUUUACUGAGAUAUGAAAACUCCUAGACAGACCAUUUACUGAGAUAUGAAAACUCCUAGACAGAACAUUUACUGAGAUAUGAAAACUCAUAGACAGACCAUUUACUGAGAUAUGAAAACAGUCUCUGUGGCCUCAUCACUACUGACUUGUGGUGCCUGGUCUCAUCGCUCACCAUGACCCCAACCGGCCAGGCCGAGGAGUGAGACAGCCAUGUCUGAUUCUACCUUGUUCAGAGCCACCAGAAUACUCUGCAGAAGUAUAUCUAGUGACAUGGAGGAGUCUGAGGCCAAGGGCAGAGGAGGAGCUGUCCCCAUGAGGAAGAGUUCAGACAGGAGGGGUUCUGACUGGGGAAGCAUCGCCAUGCUGGAUAAGACCAAGGAAUUCUUCCAGACCUGCGAUGUGGAGGGCAAAGGCUUCAUCACACGCACCGAUAUGAGGAGGCUUCACAGAGAACUACCCCUCACUGCUGAAGAACUGGAGAAUGUAUUUGACUCCCUGAACACUGACCAGAACGGCUACCUCACCCUCGAAGUGUUCUCAUCAGGAUUUAGUCAGUUCCUGCACAGCCGGAGGAUCUCUGUAGCCGAGGACGCAGCACCCACCCUCCCCACUUCUAGGAAGCCCUCAGAAGCCCUAUACCAGAGCCAAUGGGAUGAGAGGUUGACUGGAGGGUGGGAGGAUGAGGAGGAGAGUCACUUCUGUAUGCUGCUGGAGAGCCUAGGGGCCAGCAACGUGUUCCAGGAUCCAGGUGAGGUGCGCAGCUUGUGGGCCCAGCUGAGGAGGGACGAGCCUCACCUCCUGUCGAACUUUGAGGAAUUCCUGGCCAGAGUCACCUUCCAGAUCAAAGAGGCCAAAGAGGAGAGGAGGGAGAUGGAGAGCGCCCUCCAGAGGAAAGCAGCCACACACGACAGUGAGAUCCGCGGUCUGUAUGAAGAAAUGGAGCAACAAAUGAAAAGCGAGAAGGACCGGCUGCUCCUCCAGGACUCGGAGCGCCUCCAGUCUCGUAGUCACGACCUGGAGCACCAGCUGUCCAGUAAGGAGAGAGAGCUGGAGCAGCUCUUCCAGAAACAGAGGAGGUUGGAUCUCCAGUGUCGCGACCUGAGCAGUGAGCAGCAGGAGAGCCGGGUGGAGAAUGUCAAGCUGAAGAUGACCAACGAGGAACUGAGCAGAGAGCUGGAGAGCACCUGUCAGGAACUGUCCUUGGCCCAGGAACAACUGACCAUGCUGCAGGACCAGGCUUCCCGCCUGCACCAGGAGAGAGAGAUGGAAAUGUACCGAGUCACUGAGGGACUACAGAGAGAGAAACAGAGCCUGAUGAAACAACUAGACCUUCUCAGAGAGAUGAACAAACAUUUAAAAGAUGAGCGAGACAUAUACUGUGCUGUGAACCCCAGGAAGUCCCUCAAACAGAAGCAGAGAGCCGGCUUGGUCCAUCUGUUCGCGGACACCAGCCAGCAGCCGGUUAAAAGAGCCUCACUCCUCACCCACAAUGGGGGUUCCUAUGAGUUCCUUGAUGCACUGCCAGUAGAACACCUUCAAAUCUCUUUUGUCUCCUCCCCCUCCUCAUCUAGCGAGGACGAUGUUGACACCGCUUGUCCACCACGUUCGCCGAAAACCAACUACGGCCUGGCCAACGGCUACCACGACUCCAACACCUCGUCUUCAACCCAAGUGGUUGAGGUGGAGGCGCAGGGGGUGAGGGUGAAGGAGAGGCUCUCCAUGUUCGAGUCAGAGAAGACCCUCGCCCCCACCCAGAACGAAAGGGACAGGCAUACAGAGUACCAGAGUAAGCCGGGGGUUGGGGGCGACGGGCUGGACGGUCCCCCAGAUGGGUGGCCUCUCCGUCGGGUUAUCUCCAUCGAGGAGGACCACCUCCCCCACCUGCUUCAUGGAGGGCCCCAGCCCCUGCUGCACCAGCUCAGUGAGGAAGACGAGGAGGAGGAAGAGGAGCAAGGGACGGAAGAUCUGGAGAGUAGUAUCUUAGUUGCCCCUGUUCCUUUACCUGUUCCGGUCACGACAGUGUCCCCCUUCAAACACCGAAGUAGUUUCAGCAGAGUCAGAAAUAUCCCCUCGUCACCUCGAGGGCAGCCCGUCGGCAAGGAGACCCAAAAUAGGGUGAAGGAGAGGGCCGUGCCUGCCCCAGACCGCCUGUUUAAGGUGGUUCUGGUGGGCAACUCCAGUGUGGGCAAGACUUCCCUGCUGCGCACCUUCUGUGACGGCCGCUUCCACCCCUCCAGCCCCGCUACUGUGGGGAUUGACUACAGUGUGAAGACUCUAAUGUUGGACAACACCCAGGUAGCCAUGCAGCUGUGGGACACGGCCGGGCAGGAGAGGUACCGCAGCAUCACCAAGCAGUUCUUCCGUAAGGCAGACGGCGUGGUGGUCAUGUACGACAUCACGUUGCUGGACAGCUUCAAGGCCGUGCGACCCUGGCUCAUCAACGUCCAUGAAGCUGCGGGAGUGGGCAUUCCCAUCCUGCUCCUGGGCAACAAGAUGGACGCGACGUCCGAGAGGGAGGUACCACUUAAAGAUGCAGAGACUCUGGCCCACGACACCCGUGUGAUAUUCUAUGAGGUCAGUGCUUACACCGGCUACAACGUGACAGAGGCCAUGAUCCACCUGGCCAGAGUGCUGAAAGAGCAGGAGGAUCGGGUGAGAGACACGUUUGUCUUACUGGAGGUCCUGCCCGUCAAGAAGAAAGCCUGCUGCAAGUGAAGACACUCUGACAGAAUAGAGAGAGAGAGAGAGCAUUUGGAAUGGAUAGAGACUACUGAUAACAAGUGAAGGAACUCUUCAAUCUAACUCUUUCUCUGUGCUCUCGGAGCCAAAUCCUAACUUUGUGGACAUUUUGUUAAUCAAUGUCUCAAAUUAGGACGGCCCUUCUUUCAGUACCUGUUUGGUUAAAGGCAAAGAGCCCAGUUGAGCUGGAUCCUAGUGGAUUGAACUCUAGUCGACAUUACAACCCUUUGUCUGUUUGGACCUCCUGACUGUAAUGAGCAAUAGACAUGUUUUCUACUGUAGAACUAAUGGUAUAUUUGGUCAAUUUAAAAAGUGGAUCAAUCAUUUCAAUGUAUAGAAUGACUGUUUUUCUUUAGUUGUGAUUAUGUUGUUAAUCAAAACACAGAAUGGAUAUGUAAAUAAGAGCUUGAUUAAGUUUGUAGUAUGUUCCAAAAUAAUGAUUGUCAUAAAUUUGAUUAAAAUACUGAUGUGAAAUCUAA